AUGUAUCCCAAAUUCUCAUUGGUGGAGAGAAGCGCAUGGGCAGUAGAGUCCCUCAGCAGCGCGCGAAGGGAUAACCACCCAGCUGGAAUCCGGCAGAGUAUCCGGCAGUACAGACCAUUUUUAGCUGGGGGUGCAAAUCACAGAAAACACCUGUGCAUCGGUGUGACAGCAGAUCCUGUAUCAGCAGACGACUUUCCAUUAUCGUUUGCCUUCGGAGAAGAGAGUGUCGAGAAGCAAGCUUGGAGGAGUGAGCAAAGGAGAAGAGUUUCAUCGCGAUCCCGCCGGUAUGAUCCACAGUUUUCGUACUUCAGCGGGGACUUGUAUUCUCUGAUCGAAGACGUCCGAUCUGUACUAUUGAAUCGUCCCGACAGGUGGUUACCCUCAACAUCGUACAUGUGGGUGGACAGGAACGGAAGACCAGUCUCGCCACCCUCCACGCACCCCAGAAGCCCUACUUUCAAGAAGGUGAUCGUAUCGGUGGAAGAUGGUUUAUCCUUGGGACUUAUGAUAAGGGGCGGUGCCGAAUAUGGACUCGGAAUAUAUAUAACAGGCGUCGACGAACAAUCGGCUGCAGAUCUCGCUGGCCUACAGUUUGGUGACCAGGUGAUCUCUGUGAAUGAAGUGGAUUUCACCAACAUCACCCACGAUGAGGCUGUUGCGAUGCUCCAGAGUUCCCCCCGCAUGUCAAUGGUGGUCAGAAGCGUUGGGAAGGUCCCCCACUCCACCCUGCCUUACGCAUCCAACAAUGCAGGACCGUCAACCUCCUCAGAGCCCUGGUAUCCAGAAUCGAUGCCACACAGAUCAGAAUUAUCAAGGAAAGGAAGUCCAAGGAAAAGAGACCAUAAUUUGGAAGACGCGUCGAACACGAACCCAUCCAAUGCUGAGCGACGACUGGACCGGAAGGCUCGAAAAGUGUUGACCGAGAGUCAACGGUUAACCCUCGCCUACUACUGCAACGAAUACGAAACUGGGGCCAUGUCUGUCGACGCUUUUGUGUCAGUUCUUCUGGAACAACUCGACACGCCGGAAAAGUAUUCGUUGAUGACGGAAAUCCGAGCUUUGGUUCCAUCUGCAGAUCUCGAUAAAUUUGACGAUAUGAUCUACAGGAGAGAACUGCAAGCGAUGAAGAGCAAAGAAACGAUGAAAAUGGCCGUCGAGAUCCAUGCAGAGCACGCAGAUAGUAAUGUAUCACCUACAGGUGAGACUUUUAGGGGUUUGUCUCCAAGAAACACGUUCAGAGCUUCUACCCGACGACGGCAACAACAGGACAAACAUCACCUGACCGUACCGAAUGACCGGCCAGAGGAUCUGCAUACACCGAGCGAGGACAGUGGCGUUGAUCUGGCCAAUGGAACCCUCUUUGGGCAUGGAAGUCGUAAGGGAAGCAGAGUGUCUACUGGCUCCCACGAUUCCAUGUCACUGGACACCAAAGCCUUGCAGAGGAAGCUCAGUCCGUCUCGUCUGUGGAGGACCAGUCCCCGUGCCAGUACGCGCCGGUCACUGGACACAAUGAGGGACAGCCUGAGGGAUGGCAACCAGGCCACCAGAAUGCGGAGGACCACAUUCCGGAGACACAGCAGUGGUGGAGAAGGCGGACACCCCGAUGAUAGGAGGCCUAGGCAUAUGACCUAUGAAGACAGGCGGUGGAGUAUAGGCAGUGAAAUGUUGGACGCACCCUACGUUGAAGGACACUUGACAUAUUGUCUGAUGAAUUGUAGACGUUUCGUGGCAGACAUGUCGUCUGAUGAAUUGUAA